CUUUAGAAAGCACUGGUGUGGUGGUGAGGCUGCUGACUCAGGGGCCUCGCAGCGCGUCGCCCCUGUCCUCAGCAGCCUCCCGCUCGCUCAGUCAGGUCUUCGUCAAGUGCGGAGAGGAUGCCACCCUCCUAACCUUACAAGCUUCAGUUGAACUACCCGCUGAAGAGAAUCCUGCGCUUUGUUUUGUUUUUCCGUGGCAUAGAAAAAAAAAAAAAUCCAAAGCGAAGGCAUUUCCGAUGCAGAGCGGAGUAGCGCUUGAUAAUCAACCCAGUAAGAAGAAUAAGGAUGGCCAGAAGCCGGAGAAGGACUACUCUUCUGAAAGCCACCCCAGAAUUGUUUCAUCAACAUUCCAGUAUAAAAUGAGCCACCAGCGAGUGGGGAAGUGCAUCAUCAUCAACAACAAAAACUUUGAUGACAACACAGGGAUGAAUGUACGCAACGGCACUGACCGAGACGCAGGUGAGCUGUACAAGUGUUUUAAGAGCCUGGGCUUUGACGUUUCCAUCUAUAAUGAUCAAACCUGUGACAAGAUGGAGCACCUUCUAAAAGAGGCCUCACAAGAAGACCACAGCGACAGCUCGUGUUUUGCCUGCAUUCUGCUGAGCCACGGCGAAGAGGGCAUGAUCUAUGGCACCGAUGGCGCCAUACCCAUAAAGACCAUGACCUCGCUGUUCAGAGGGGAUAAGUGCAAAAGUCUGGUCGGGAAGCCAAAGCUCUUCUUCAUACAGGCUUGUAGAGGCUCAGAAUUCGAUGAAGGCGUCCAGACAGAUUCUGGUCCUCCAAACGACACCAUUGAGACCGACGCCAAUCCCAGUCACAAGAUCCCCGUGGAGGCGGACUUCCUCUUUGCAUACUCCACGGUGCCAGGAUACUACUCCUGGAGGAACCCCGGCCGCGGGUCCUGGUUUGUCCAGGCACUCUGCAAUGUCCUCAACGAGUUCGGGAAGCAGCUGGAGAUCAUGCAGAUCCUGACCCGGGUCAACUACAUGGUGGCCAACAACUUUGAGUCAUGGUCCGAGGACCCCCGCUACAGCGAGAAGAAGCAGAUCCCCUGCGUGGUCUCCAUGCUGACCAAAGAACUGUAUUUCAAUUGACCGUCCACCUGUACUGCAUGGCGCACUCCCACUGACUGGCUGACAAGACUGACCGUUUCAGGGGCGGACUCUUUAAUUGAAAUAUUCAGGGAUAAUGGGCCCAAAAACAAGCCCUCUGUGAGAAAAUACGGUGGCGUUUGUUCAUCCAAGGUGAAAGCUUUCCUUCAGGUUCCUCUUCAGACCAAUGGCGUCACAAUCGGUCCGAUCUCUGUCGACGGGUGAAAUAUCCAUGUUGUUCUGCCAGCCCAUAAGAUCCGCUGCCAGGUCUUGUGGCUUUGGGGGAAUCAUAUCUGAGUAUGCGUCAUCUCCGUUUCAUUCUUUUAACAGUUCUGUUCAAUAAGACGUGACAUUGUAGGCAAGCAAAAUGCAACAAAAAUCCCUAAUUACAGGAAAAUCACCGGAAGUUCAGUUGACAUUAAAAUGUUUUUGCGAUUUGGGCUUCAUCUCUGAUGAGGAAAACCUCAUUUCCUUCCAGAAAACUUUAUUUUAGCUUUGAUUAUGUCAGUGGAGGGUUUGUCAUCACACCAAUUAAGAUAUUUUUCACUUCUGCUGCAUAAGAAGUUGAAAAACUAUAAAAUGACUGUUGGCAUUUAGCACAAAAGCAGGCGCUAAAACAUUCAAUUUCUUAUUUUUAAAUGAAAUCUUUACAAACUGAAGUUAUGGGAAAUUACCUAAUUGUUUAGAAUGAAAUUUGUGAACUUUGUGGGAUUUCAUAUAUGCCCAAAUACAGCCCCCCCCCCCCCCCCCCCCAAAAAAAAAAAAAGUUCAAUGCAUUCAUUUUAUUUUGAUAGAGCUAAAGAACAGGAAGUGCUACGAUGAAACAUACAUCUCAAGUGUUCGUUCUUGUAUCAUAGACCGCAGAAAUAGAAAGCCCAGCUGAGACCAAAAGCACAAUUGCAGCAUCAUUUUGCCGUAUAUUAGUGUUGUAGUUUGUCUUUAGUGUACACUGCAGGUACAAACCAACAAAGCGCUCCAAUUCGGAAUUAUUUAAAAGCCAAAGAUACUAAAAUAAUGCUUUACAUAUUUAAGCACUUUGUGCACUUUGCUUAACUUAACACAAGUUUUAGGCUAAAGUUUUAUCGAUUUUUCUCAUUUUUGAGCACUUUGGUUUACUUUUUCGCUGUAGGAAACUAUGAUAAACGACAAGUUUUAGGCUAGAAUUGUAUUGUAUCUAAUUGAUAGUUAACAUUUAAAAACAAAAGUUUAAGAUUCUGCAGUUUUAUUGUCCCAGUGUGUCAACCACAGAGGCAGCUAUUACUGGCAGUGACAAGUCUGAACUUACCAAAUCCAUACUCCUCCUGCGAUGUAGCUAUUCUAAAAACAAAAACAAAAAAUGCACGUAUCAGUAGCCUGUUGGGGUAUAUCUUUAGUUUUUGUUUGCUUUCCACUUUUGACUGCUUUUAUGUUUUUAGCAAGUAGUUUUAAACCAUAAUUUUGGUCAUUUUUAAUGAAUAAUUGCGCGACGAGCCGAUUCUUGUCCAGUGCAGCCCCCUGAAUUGUCUGGACACCAGAAGACGUUAGGGCUGACCUGAGCUUAAAAAAAAAAAGUUUGAUUAACUUGUUUGGAAUGGAAUUGAAAGAGGAAAUUAAUUAUUUUUUGUUGCAAAAUUUUGAAUGCUUUCUGCUGUUUCAUGCUGUUGUCCUCAGGAAUAAAAAAAUGAAUUAAGUCAAUUAAAAAAUGAUGACUUUGACAGGAAAGCUUAAACUGGCCCAGUUUGUAAACUUUGGAACAAAAGUAUGCUUAUGUGAGCAUUUCUUGUAAUAAAAAUACAUUUAUUACACAAAG